UCCACCGGGCGCAAGUUGCAACGUUGGCGACGUUGUGACCUCGCGCACCGCCCCAUCGCUCCCCUGUCCGUGAGCCUGUGCGCCUGUGCGUCGUCACGGCUAUGCUCAGCCUGCUGUGUAUCUUUACGACGGUAUUCGUUAGUAUUCGUUCUUCCGUUUCCGCGAGACGUGAAUAAGAGGAGGCCAGCCACGGGGCGUGUAGUGGGUGUAUGCGCACACGUGCAACGAGUUUAGCAACUCUCUCUCGCGCGAAACGCUUCCUCCGCCCGUAUUAUCGCGGGCCUACUCGCAGGCUCGUUCGGGUUCGGUCAGUGGGCUGGCGUUUGUGUCGUCGUCACUGCCGCUGAGUGCCGUCGAGUGCGGGAGAAGAGAGACGUGGACGCGGCUCUGUGCUGGACGUCGCGAAGGGGAGGACGUCUCUCUCGUGGUGGAUCUCGCGUCAUCGUAUCGACCUACGGAGGCCGCCUAACGCAGUUAGCGAUUGCUGCUGGUUACUGGCGUGCGCGGGCGCAUACAGCUCUCUCUCUUCAGUGGCGCGCGUCUUUGCCGCUGCACGUGUGCAUAUGUGUGGCUUUGUGUCUCUCGCAGGCGGUAGACGACGCGCGAACAAAGGCCAACGGGAGAGCUGUGAGUUUCCAGGCGAGACUGCUCUCACCGAAAGCGCUGUUGGUGUUGGUACGCUUGUAAACAGGCAGGCACGUGCGGUGACGCCUCCCGAUCGAUUUUGACCGAGUUCGGACCGACCGAUCGACGAAUUAUCGGGCCGAGUGUAACGAGUUGGUACUCGUUGACGAGAGAGAGAGAGAGAGAAAGAAAGAAAGAACGAACGCGUAUCGUUGCUGGGCGUCUUAACUGUCUCGAUGCGAAGACUAUUCGCCCGAGACUGUCGGACGCCUCGACCGUGCUAGCGUUCGCAAGGUAAGGACGCCGAUAUCUUCCGGCGAGGUGGUAACACGUGCUCGUUAGGUGUACUUCCAAGUUAGGUGGAGUCCCGUGUGCCAAGUGGGUGGAGGCUGCAUCGCGAGUCUGCCUUCCCCGUUAUCAGCGGCGCCAGGGUGUGAGUGAGGAGCGUCACAGGGGACAAGCGGGAGCAUCCUUUCUAGAACAAGUACUUGCCUGUAGCUGUAGACCAGUUAUUGACAGAAUUAUACUUAUAUUAUGGAUUCCAGCACAGUGAUAUUCAAUGUGAAAUAGCAUCAGACAUAUUGUUAUAAAUUGUGCGCAGUGUAAAACACAAUCAUUCACGAUGAAACGGAGCAUAGAUGGGAGAAAUAUUUCGCAAGAUGAACUCGGAGAGUCGGAUCCUUUACAGGCACCGUUGCCGUCGCAGCAACAGGACGAGGCGGAUCCGCAACAAUUAGAUCAGCAACAACAGCAAACUGCCCAGCCGCAAAUUCGUUUCUUAAGUGCUAACGUAUUGCAACAACUGCAGCAACAGCAGGAUGUUCAGCAACAGGCGCAACAGCAGCAACAACCGCAAGUUAUCACUCUGCAACAGCUGCAGAAUUUUGUGCCUUUACAAACUCAGCAAACACAGCAUGAUCAGCAGAGAGCGCAGACAAUUUCUGUCCAGUCUCUGCCCCAUCAAUUCUUACAGGGUGCUCAGAUUAUUAGUACUCAGACACAGGCUCUUCAGCAGCAGCAGCAACAACAGAACCAGCAGCAGCCGCAGCAGCAACAAACCCAACAGCAGCCGCAGCAACCGCAGCAGCAGCAGCUUAGUUACAGUGUAAUCCCGCAGAUGCAGACCGUCAAUAUAGAUGGACAAGAGGCUCUGUUUAUUCCGUCCUCCGCGAUAUCCGCGGGGGGCGGUCAUCAAACGCAGCCGACGAUGCAGUUUGCAACCUCGAAUGGUCAGCAAAUGCAACUAGCUAGUCAACAGGUUCAAUUAGCCAAUGGCCAGACUAUUAUUACACCGCAACCUGUUAGCCUGAUAAGAGCGCCGAAUGUCUUUCCUACUUCGAUUAUACAGAACAUUACGGGGCAAACGGUGCAAUUGCCAACAGGUCAAAGUGUACAAGUGAGGCCGCUCCAGUUUCCUAUGCAACAUGUUCAACAAACCGUGCCUGUGCAAGUACCAGUCACUGCCAGUAACGGCCAAACCGUUUUUCAGACUGUACACUUCCCUGUUCAAGCCUUGUCCAAUGUUUUCAAUAUGCCCACGACACAAAUGAUACCUCAGAUCACACAACAGUUACCUCAAGUAGCAUCAAUAAUCUCGCCGAAUGGUCAUAUCCAGCAGGUGCAGAUCGCUAAUAUACCACAGCUGCAGAAUCUUCAGGCGCAGCAACAAGUCGUUCAGCAGCAAACUCAGCAACAAGUAGUGCAGUCGGUUCAGCAGCAGCAACAGCAGCAGCAACAAGUCGCCCAAGCGCAGCAGCAGCAGCAGGUGCAAGUGGUGCAGCAAGUGAUACAGCAGCAACCGCAGCAAGCGGCGCAGCAGCAGCAGCAGCAGCAAACGCAACAGCAACAACAGAUACAAUCUUCCACCCCAUCGUCGACUGUAGCGACUUGGAGCACAACAGUUGCGACUCCCAGCAAUGUGCAGGUACUCGGUAUAAGUGCAUUAGGAAGAACUGUAACGGGAAACGCUAAUGUGAUCACCACGAAAGAUGGCCAAAAGAUCGACAUGCAGACGUUGUCCACCUUAGCAAGAGCGCCCGAAACGGUUGAGGGUGACAUUAAGGUAACCAGUAUCGACGCUAGUCAAUUAGCUAGUGGUCAGGUAAUACAUAUCCCUGCCGCACAGUCGGCUCAACCUACGGUGCAGCCUAUUACGAUUACAGGAGCGCAAGGACAGCAAUUGACGCUCAUUCCCGCGUCUGCGCUGGCAAACCUGACCUCGCAGCAGGGCAACAUGAUGAGGAAUGUGAGCAACGGGAGCAUCAUGCAAAUCCAGCCGGCUGCCGGGAUGAACACGACGAACGGUUUUCUGCAGUCGAUACCAGUGCAAAAUAUUCCAGGCUUAGGCAACGUGCAAGUGAUACCAGCGAGCGCGUUGCAACCCGCCACGGUGCAAACGUUACCCGCCACCGCUGGUACCCCCAUCGUCGCUACGCCCACUGUACAGCUUGACUCGAACGAUCCUACCAAGUGGCAAAUUCUUCAGACCCUUCAAUCGAACGGAACCUUGACGACGACCACUCCCAUACCGCAACAACAACAGGUAUCGAACGCGUCCAACUCCAAUGCAGAGACCGACAGUAAUAAGCAACACCGAAGGAGAGUCGCGUGCACAUGCCCUAAUUGCGGUGAGGGAGAAAGAAACCGAGACUUGACCAGGAAACGACAACAUAUAUGUCACAUCGCUGGUUGUAAUAAAGUGUACGGAAAAACUAGUCACUUGCGCGCUCACUUACGUUGGCACACCGGCGAACGACCGUUCGUUUGUACCUGGGUGUUCUGCGGCAAAAAGUUCACCAGGUCCGACGAGCUGCAGAGGCAUCGUAGAACGCAUACCGGCGAGAAGCGUUUCCAGUGCGGGGAUUGCUCGAAGAAAUUCAUGCGAUCGGAUCACCUGACGAAGCACAUCAAAACGCACACGAAGUUACGAAGCACGGAAGCUGCUACGUCCACUCAGGAAGGAUCUUCUGACAGCCAGUCUUCCACUGAACAAAAAAUCAUUAUAGCCUUACACAAGGAAACGGAACAGUCUGAUAUCGUUAUUCCGGAUCAAAUGGAUAAUAUGAAGAACGAGGCAACGAAUCAUCGAAAACGAGGGAGGAAGAGGAAGACUGGAACAGAAUUGGGACGGAAAAUUACUCCUUAGGAUUAGAACUUAAGAAUUAAUUGAUAUUAAUUUUUUAGUAUCUAAAAGAGCUAAUAAAAAUCGAUAUGAUAAUGUCCUUACGUACGCAUAUAAUUUAAAUUAUCUUAAAUGUGUACAUUAUUUAAAUUAGCAUUAAUUGCCUGAAUGAAAUAUUCAAUUUUCUUGGUUGUAUACAAAAGUCGUGAGUUUACAGAGAUAUUCAUAAUAAGGUCUGUCCUUAGCUGAACUACAUUGUACUUUUCAGCUUUAGAGUGGAACUAAUAUAUAUAUAUAUAUAUUAUAUA